AUGUGUCCAUGGGAGCUGGGAGCAGUGCCCACACUGCACCGGGGGCCUCCACCAGAGCCCGUGAGGAGCAAGAGGGGUGUUCGUGGCUGCUGGCUGCCGCCGCCCGCGCCCCGCGAGCUGCUCUACCGCGGCGCGCUGCGCAGGGAGCUCCGCGCGCGCAGGGCCGCGGCCGCGCUCGACUUCGCCAAGCAGCUCGGACACUUCUUUGUGGAUCACCCGGAGGACGCGUUCGGCUCCCUGGGACAGCUGCUGCACAAGAACUUCUACCUGGGCAAUGCCCCGCUGAGGCGGCAGGCGCGGGACACCACCAUCCGCAUGACGGCCCUGGUGGAGGAGAUCAACCGGCUGGAGGCCAGGCACGGGUGUCCGCAGCAGCGCUGCGCCCCGCGCCUCCGCUGGUUCUCCCACCUGUGCCGCGAGUGGCUCUUUGAGGUGCCGCUGGGGCUGCUGGCGGGCUGCGUGCACGACGAGCUGGAGCGCCUCUGGGCCGGCCUGCUCUUCGACGACAGCGCCACGGGGGGAGCGCUCGCCUGGCUGCCCCCCGGUGACGUGGGUGCCCGCACCGGCCGCCUCGUCCACCCCGCGGGGCCCGCCAUGAACCAGCUCUGUUUCCAGGACGUGGUGCUGGGUGAAGUGCCCCGCGCGCGGGGCUCCCCAGCGCGGUUCGAGCUCAAUGGCCGCAUCCGGCAGGUAUCUGCUGCCCAGGUGGACGGGGAAGGCUUCGUCGGCGUGCGCUCCGACUAUCACUGCGGCGUGUGGAGGGUGCCAGGCAGGCCGCGCGCUGCCCCUGCGGCGCUGCGCGUGAUCCGCACCGACGUGCCCGCCUGCUGCCUCACUGCCAGCCCACACGUCCCCGGCGAGCUGGCCGUCUGCACCGAGAGCGGAGCCGUCUACCUGUGGAGCGUCGAGACCGGCCUGCAGCAGCUCCGCCGGGACGCCCACACCAUGUUUUUCCGGGAGCACUCGCCGUGGCGCUGGAGCGAGUUCACUGCCCACCCACGGGUGCUGAGCUGCGCCGACCGCACUGGCCUGCAGUGCCUGGACGCGCGGGCACCCACGCGAUGCCACUUCGAUUUCUUCAAGGUGGGCGAGGAAGCCGGGUGCCAACAGGGCGAGCGCGUGGUGCUGCCCGUGUACCUGGGUCGCGCUCACCCCUCGCAGCACCUUGUGGCCACCCAGUUCGCAGUGUACGUGAUGGACGAGCGCCUGCCGCUGGUGCCCGUGCUCAAGUGGGCGCAUAUGAUGAAGGCCCCGCCGCUGUUUGCGCACGUGGUGCCGGGGGGCCAGGGCAGGAGCCAUAAGAUGCUCCUUGGCGCGUCGCACACGCAGGAGCUGCUGAUGCUGCAGUACACUGGCGGCAGCGACUCGGCGUGCCGGCUCGCGGGGCCUCCGCAGAAGCUGCACAGCAUGGUGGGCUGCGUGCAGCACCUGCCCGCGCAGCUCCCGCACCGCCACCGCCUGCUGCAGCAGCGCCUCGGCGCCCCGGCCAACGGGCUGGCGGCAGAGCUGCACGUGCAGGGGCAGCGCGAGUCCCUGCUGGUUUUCCAGCUCUCCGAGGCUGGGGACAUCUUCUACCAAAGCCUGACGCAUAAGGUGGAACAGCCUGGGGCUCCCGAUGGGGAGGAUGAGGAUGCAUCAGCCCCCAGGCCUUCCUCUGGGCCGGGGGCUCCGAGCGGGAGCGCUCCUGCCUCUCCACCUGGAUCUGGGGGCGAGGAAGUGGAGGAGGAAGAUGAAGCAGAGCAGGAGGAGGAGGAAGAGGAAGAGGAUGAGGAGACCGAGACCUUCUACUUGUCCAACGUGGAGGUGAUCGUCAAUGAGGAAGAUGAGGAGGAAGAGAAGGAGGCGGCCGCUCCAGCGGCGCAGGAGGAAGCCCAGCGCGCGGAGGAGCCGGACGCCAGCCCCGGUCCUGCUCUGGCCGUGCCCAGCGCGGCCGCCAUCCUGCGCUACCGCCGCUGGCUGCGGGCGCUCUUCAGGGACGGGCAGGCUCCGGCGGGCGCCCGCGCGCCCACCACUGUCAGCCAGAAGCGGCUGUUCACGGCGCAGGAGCUGGCGCGCGCCGGCGCGCCCGGCGAGCUGCACGCGCGGGCGCUGCGCUCGCGCGGCAUCCCCCGGGAGCGGCGCCGCACGCUGCGCGACUACCUGGCCGUGUGCGACGGCGCCGAGCCCUGCGAGCCGCCCGGCAGCCAGGGCAGCGCCCGCUGCGCGCCCGCCUCGCAGAGCCAGCGCUCGGGCUCGCAGAGCCAGCUUGAGGGGUCACAGGGCCAGCUCGCGGGUUCCCAGAGCCAGCUCGCGGGCUCGCAGAGCCAGCGCUCGGGCUCUCAGACCCGCCGCAAGCGCCCACGCAUGGGCUUCUGA